AUGGCCAAAGACUUCCUCAAUAGUAUGCAAGAGAAGAAAACAAACCUGCAACCAAGCAAAGCCAAAUUAAAACUAUAUGAUGACAUGAUCACGAUACCAUUAAGAAAAUAUGAUGCUGAGAAAAUUGCUAAUUCUGUCCAGAAGAAUGCUGCCAGUACAAAGUCUGAGGCAGACAAGACUUUCUCUGAUGCGACAGAGCUAGACAAAGAAGUGGAUGACAUGCUGAAACAGCUGCAAGAUGCAGAGAAGGAGCUGAAGAGGAAGCAGGAGGAUGCUGAUCAGGAUAUGAUGAUGGCAGGCAUGGCUUCACAGGCUGCCCAAGAGGCAGAAGACAAUGCGAGAAAAGCUAAGAACUCUGUUAACAGCUUGCUCACCAUCAUUAAUGACCUUCUGGGACAGUUAGGGCAACUGGACCCAGUGGACUUGAACAAACUGAAUGAGAUCGAGGGUACCUUGAACACAGCCAAAGAUCAGAUGAAAGAUAGUGACCUGGACCGGAAAGUGAGCAGUUGUGAUGCAUGUUGGGAAAUGCAGGCCAAGCAGCAAGAAGAGACAAUGAAAAUGCACAGCAUCUCCAACAGAUCUUGCAGCAAAGUAGAAAUGGUUCUUUCUGCAGAAAACCACACAAAACUACUUCAUUAUUGCAGACCAUUAUUCAUACUUCUAGGAACUAAAUGA